AUGGUCUAUCAAGGAAAGCCAAGCUCAGGCUGUAAGAACUGCCGCCAACGACGCAUCAAGUGCGAUGAGACCCGCCCGAACUGUAACGCCUGCACAAGGACAGGCCGUUCAUGCCCAGGAUACUUGGAUCCAUUUGAUUUGAUUUUAAGAGAUCACACGCCAUCAUUCAUCAGCAAAAAAGGAACGAAAAAGGCGCCGCCACGUAAAAUCACCAAAUCUGAGCCAAGGCACGAUUCCAAUGAGAAUCACGAUGAAGAUCGAAAUAACUCCCAUACUAAAGCAUCCGAAGCAUCGGGCAGGUCCCUCUCGCUUACAACUUCAACAAAAUCUUCCACUUCUUGGCCGCCGUAUAUUCCACCAGCUGAUUUAUAUCAACCUAUGGAAGAUACUGUGAUUCCUUUAUUCUUCAAUUCUUAUCUUUACCUGCCUCAAGAACCCCAUGUUCGCAAUGGAUUUAUGGAAAUUUUGCCUGAGCUGUUUUCCAAUGCUCGUCCUGGAUCUUAUGUUCACACAAGUACGCUAGCAGUUGCUUUCUUCUCUGUGGCAGCUUGGACCGGACAUGCGCCGUUACUUAAGGCCGCGCAACGGUAUUUUACGCAGGCGUUGCCGAAGAUCCGAGCAGCCUUGCUCUCGAAUGACGAUGGUGAAUAUGACAGCAUCCUGAUGUCUAUACUGAACAUGUCGACCUAUGAGAUUCAGGAAUUCGUCGCCAUCAGAGAAUGGGAAACUCCGAUGAGAGCUCAUUUAAAAGGCGCCAUUGCACUUAUCAAUAGCCGAAGAAGCAAAUUGCUUGAAAGUCCUUCAUCAUCAACCCUCCACCAUGCCGUCCAAACUCAAAUUUUAUCUCAGAUCAAAACUUCCCGUGGCCUACAGACACCAAUGGUCCCUACACCCGAGAUCUGGCCUAUCCCCCAAUGCGAAACGCCUCCAUCACCUCGCAUAUUUCUUUCAUCAUUCGCCGCAGAAGUGGUUAAUCUGCGCCAAUCAUGGGAAAAGUCACAAAGUGAAAAUUCCGACGAAACUCAAGUCUCAAUCAUCCUCGACAAAGCCACACAAAUAGACGCCAAGCUCUUAUCAUGGUCAUACUGCGUCCCGCAGGACUGGAAUCCCAUUCCCGCAAGCAUAAUCCCUGAAUCUGUGCGCAACGCCGGUAUUUACCAUAAUCUCUGUGACUGUUAUACAGAUAUGUGGAUCGCAUCAACAUGGAAUACCUACCGUGAAUGCCGAAUUCUUGUACAGAGCAUCAUGCUAAGGUGUCUUCAUCUGCUUCCAUCAAAAGAUAAAGAUGCCACUCGAGAAUCUGCAAUGCAAUCCACGAUCCAGAAACUAGCGGAUGACAUCUGUGCCUCUGUGCCAUUUUUCUUGGGGAGUCAGACGGAAUCUGUUCGUAUGAAAACCGAUCUUGUGGAAUACCCCUUUUCCGAGACGAGGCCCGUUACAUCAACUCAUAAACAGGCUGCACCCUUGAUGGGCGCUUGGCAAGUCAUCUCUCGUCUAAGGAAUCUUCAGAGGUCGGAAUUGGGGUUGCCGCCAGAGCAGAUUACUUGGUUGGAGGAACAAGUGAAUCGGGUGUUCAUGAUCUACUUCCAAAAGCCUGCGUGA